AGUCAGUGUUGUUUACCGUGGUUACAGAAUUGUUCAUUGUCGACUCGUUUAUUUUGUUUUGUUUUUUUAAAGUUUAAACUUGUUUUGUAUUGAGUAAAGAAUUUUAAGUUUUAAAAAGAUGCAGCAAAAUAAUCCCAACCCUUACCCAGGUUUUGAUGACUCUGGAAACUAUUUAGAGCCACAACCAGCUGCUCGGAUCAGACCUGAAGCAGAAGAAUUUGCUGAUAAACAUAGAGGCUGCAUUAACCUCUUUAUAUCUGAAAAACACAAGCAUUUCAUUCCUCCCCCACCCUCCCCACGUUGUCCAACAGAUGAGGCCAGACAAAACUAUGAACUCUCACGUAAAGGUCACAUAGGAAAUUUACUUGGAGGUAGUGGUUCUGCAGGACCAAUGGAGCCACGUCCAGCUUCAAGAGUCACUGUUGAAAGUGAAAGCAUAGCAGAUUCUCAAAAGGGAAAAGAGAUAAGCUAUUUGUUUGCCAAUUAUGGUAAGAGUGCACCAUCUCCUCGUCCUAAUCCUCGGGUCAGACAGGAAGCUGAAGAAACUGUAGAAGUCAGUAGAGGUGGGAGAAUGAACUUGCUGCUCCACAACCCAAAGUUUCUACCCGAUGCACCUCGACAGGCUCCCAGGGUCAGGCCAGAGGCCCAAGAGAAUUCAGAUCUAGGACAUGGGGCAGGCAUGGCUAAAAUAAUGGGGAGAUAUGGAGAAACUCCAAGGUCAGAAAGAAGUGUUCCAAGAGUAAAAAAAGAAGCAGAAAGCAUUGCUAAGCUGGACAGUGGUUUCCAAAUGCAGAAUCUGUUUCACAACUAUGGCAAAGGAUCAUUACCACCUCAGCCUGCAGCUAAAGUUAAAGAAGGUAAGGAGAUGGCAGAGCUUGAUCGUGGUGGGAGAAUGUCAAGACUGAUGCAGGAUUUGGACAGUCGAUUGGUCACUGAAUCUAAAUCCACUCCAAGAGGAAGACAUAAUAUUAAAAGAAAUAAAGCCACUGUCAGUGAAAUUUUAACAGAAUCUUCCAAAUGGCAAAUUGUACCAAAGCCUGGUAUUAGGAACUGAUACUUAUUAAAUUACUUAGUAAAUCUUUUUGAUAUUGUAAUUGUGAAUAUUUUGUAUUUAAUGCUAAUAAUUUCAUGGCUAGUUUUAAAGCUUUGUCUGCAUCAGAUGUGGAAAAACAUGCAGGUUGCAACUGGGUUUGCGUAGUGAUGUGAAAUACUCCACUCAUCGUUAAUCUUCAGAAUCAAAGACAUUCCCAUUAUUUAUAGUUUUAUAUAAUAUAUUUUUAUGCUUGUGAUACAUUAUUAAUAUUGUAACAUGUAUUCAUUACGAUAUAGGUAUUAUAAUAGUUUGUUGUUGGGUUGUUUGUUUUUAUUUCACAAUGGAUUUUAAUUAAUUUGUAUACUUGUAGAAUAUUGUUACAUCAUUAUUUCAAAACAUUGCUUCAGGUAAAUUUUAAUGUUUUACAUUGACAUGCUCAUCAAAUAUUUUAUUUAUCUACUGCCUCAAUUUUAAAACCACCAAUAAAAUAUACUAUUUAUAAUAUACUAUGUUCUUUCUAAACCAUAAGUAGAGCCUAAAAUAAAACAUUAUCAUAUCUUAUAAAUUACAAACAUUUCUUUUUAAAAAAAAGUUGUACUGUUCUGAAAUUUACAAUAUUUUUGUGUAGAAUUUCAAAUGACUGUAAAAACCACUUAGUUCAUUAGUUUCUCUUAUUGUGGUGAAGCUUAUUGAAAUUGUAUGUUAUAGUGCAAUAAAUUAUUUGAACUGUUACCUAUGAUAAUAACAGACAAUGUAUUUUGUUUUAAUAUAUCUGUUUUUAGUGGUAUGUUUGGAUACCUUAAUACAUGGUAAAAAUGGUGACCGGUCAUUUCAUCCCUGGUCACUUCAUCCCCUGGUCACUUCAUCCCCGGUCAUUUCAUCCCCAAUUAAAUAUUUUAUAAAUAAAUAUGAUUAUGUAGAAUGCUUUUUGACAUUUUAUGACUUGUUACUGCAUUUAUAGUGUUUCCUCUUCCACUUUGUUUUCUUAAUGAGAAAUCUUAUAUUAUAUUAUAAAUCUGGGUGUGUACUUAGCUAUAGCCCUUCUAUUGGAUGUGGGGGUUGUAAUAUAAUAUUAUCCGGAUCGAAGGCCAAGGUUUGGUGGAAGUAGUAAAAAAUCAUUUGAGAGAUAGAAGUGCGAUUAGAAUAAUUAUGAUCAUGCCGCUGAUAACUUAUCAUCAAAGGCCAAGGUGUGGUGCAAGUAGUGGAAUUUUGAGAGAUAGAAGUGCGAUUACAAUAAUUAUGACCGUGCCGCUGAUAACUUAUCAUCAAAGGCCAUGGUGUGGUGCAAGUAGUGGAAAUCUUUUGAGAAAUAGAAGAGCGAUUACAAUAAUUAUGACCAUGCCGCUGAUAACUUAUCAUCAAUUUAAAGGCCAAGCUGUGGUGAAAGUACGACCAUGUUUCACUUUAUUUUAUUUUUCAAUCGCUCUUUCUUGAAAAUGGGCGCGUCAUUUUUAGCCUUGAAAUAAGGUUUUAUUUUUUUCUAAUAAAGGCUGAGUUCACCCAUCCUCGUGAUAUCAUGUUGCCUCUAUAACUUUUGCUUUAAUUCCUUUUAAACAUUAACUUGUUACAAUUUUUUCAUUUAAAUAAAAAAUGAAUACAUUAAAUAUUGCUCAUUUCAUGAUUUUUAAAGUUACAAUUUGUUAGAUAAAAAUGAUCAGAUGAUGAAAAUAUCAGGGGAUGAAAUGACUGGGGAUGAAGUGACCAGGGGAUGAAAUGACCGGGGAUGAAGUGACCAGGGGAUGAAAUGUCCGGGGAUGACAUGACCGGGAAGCGGUAAAAACACAGUGUAAUGAUUGUUGAUUUUUAUUUUAAGAUUUUACAUUACUUAUGAGCUUAUGGCUGCUUCAAUGUUCAUAGCAACUUCUCUAUUGGAGAUUUGCAUCUAUGGCAGAUAACCAUAAAUAGCUAUUUUGGUGUUGUUGGUGUUAGAUGUGUAAAUAAGCUUAGAAUUCAUUUUUUUUAAUUUUUUUUUGUGGCACAUGUUUCAGCACUGUAAAAUCAAUUUUCUAAUUAAUUUUUUUUAUCUAGGCAAUAGUGAUAUUUCAAUAUAGCUUUCUUAGCAUUUUAAAAUCUCUUCAAAUCUUUCUCUUUUUAAUUUCAUGGCUUUCGCUUUAGUCUACUUUAUAUCAAAUACCAGUAUGAUUAUAUCAUAUGAUUAUGAUCAAUAGUAUUGGCAGCAGAUUUUUUAAGCUCAUUUUUCAAGCUUUGACUUCAAGCAAGACAGGGAAUUGUUAAUUUUUUGCUAAUGGGUUUAUUUUCUUAGAGAAGUUAGGUAUCCACUGUGAGUAGUAGUCUUUUCAAGUAGGCAUUUUUGAAUGCUUUUGGACAUUGUUUAUUUAAAGAAUAAUUUGUGUGUGCGUAUAAAACUAAUUCUACUAACUCACCAUUUUGUUUUUGUUUGUUUGUUUUUGUUAAUGAGUAUUUGUAAGAUUAAAAUGAUAAAUGUAAAAUCUA